AUGGUUCCAGUGCUUAUGUACCUUAAUAUCAAAGAUGAUACUCACAAAGUGUUUACUGGUGGUUUUUUUGGUCGUCUACUUGGCCGUUUAUUUGACAAAAUUGAUCAUCAACAACGGUGUUUAUGGCGGUUUGUUGACAAGUCAUUACAACUCCACAAGGCACCUGUAUUAGAAUUAUUAGCGAUAGAACUGAUCGGUCCUUUUAGAUGUCAUGCUGAUGUGGGAAAGUGGAUUGCAAAUGCUGUUGAUCGUAGGGUACGCGAGCUGGCAUUGCUGACCGCGUGGACCGUGGCGGAACCUGCCAGUUUGUCUAAGAGCGUUUACACAUGUGAUACGCUUGUUCUUCUAUAUCUUGAGGGCAAUAUUCUUGUGGAUGUUCCUUCUCGGGUUUUUCUCCCAUCCCUCGAAAGCAAUGAAGGAAUAUGGGGAUCAUUGGUUAUAAAUUCUCCGGCUUUAAAGAAAUAGGUCUACAGUGAUGCUUCGGGAGAUUAUUGCUCCAUUGAGAACAAGCCUUGUUGUGAUAAAGCAAGUAUCGACUUUAUUAGUCACCCUGAUGACACGUUUAUGAGAUCUAUUUCCUCGGUCACAAAACUCGAAUUAGUUUUGGAUGUUGCAUCGGCUGCAUGGUGUAACUCUAUUAACUUCUCCAAGCUUAUGGAGUGUAAUGUAACACUUUCAGCUGAGUUAGACUGGUUGGAAUCACUGAUGGUGCUACAACAACUUGAAGAGGAUUUCUCACUGUCAUGGAACGAACCGAGUUCCGUUCCCAGAUGUUUCUCAGCCCAUCUCGAGAUCUUUGAGUGGAAAGGAUAUAUAGGACGAAGUAAGGAGAAAGAAGCCAUAAAAUAUAUCUUUGCCAACUCUAAGUGUUUAAAGAGGGCUGGAUUUUCUAUGGAAUCAACCUGCAAUGUUAAAGAUAGAGAGAAGAUGAUGAAAGAGUUAGAAUCUAUGUCUAGGGUUUCCACAUCAUCCCAACUACUCUUCUCCACUCAAUUGGAAUUUCCGAGCUUUAUAAAUGAAAUGUAUUGA